AUGGCUCUGGUGGCCCAUCGCAUGAUGUUGCCCGCGCGGCAUCGACGCAACGCCACCCAGCAGGUGGCCCGCAACAAGGUGGGCGUUCUUCUGGUGCCAAGUGUGGCGGAUUACUAUGGCGGCGAGGUGCCACCGCCCUUGGCCACAUCCACGCCCACUCCAGCCACCUCCCAGUUGCACUUACCACAGGAUCCAUCGGAAACUGCCGCCGAUGGCAGUAGCGCAAAAGUGAGUGCAACAAGUCGGUGCAAUGCACCAAAUGCAGUUGGCUCUGCUUGCGAAAGCAAAACUUUGCCAUCUCGUUUUUCCAUUUUACUCGGCUAUUGUUUUUGCCUUUUUGUGGGCUUCGUCUGGCGCCAACUUUAUGUCGUUCAAUGUGUGCCACAAUUUUGA